AAUAAUAAAUAGCACAGAUUGGUUGGUAUGUUAGCCAGUUUUAACACUCAACUAAUUUUUAACAAUGAUAUAUGUAUAUAUUCAUUGGACUUGUUCAUAACAAUUUAUUACAAAAAUAAUUGAGUACAUUUUGGUGAUAGUAGACGUUUUAUUGAAUAAGACAAAUGUGUUCAUCACUGAAAUUACACCCAUUGUGGAGAAUUAAGUUAUUAGUGAUUCAAUGAACAUUAUGUAAUCUUAAAUUAAUAAUUUUACAAUGGACAGUGUUGAAAAAUAAGAGUGGCAUUUUUCUCAUCAAACAAAUCAGUCUAAACAUGCAUUUAGAUUUCAAAGAGACUUUUGUAACUUGUGUGGUACUUCUUUCAACUUUUAGCAGUGCAGCAAGAAAGAAGAAGUUUAAAGCAACAACAGCAAUAUUAGGUGACCGAAUUAUUUCCUUGUGUGAUGAAAUUCUGAAACUGACUCUGGAAUUACCACUAGAUCAAGGUGGCACUUUGGUUGAGGAUACAGAAACACUGAACAGUUGUAUACGCCAGUUUGUGAAGUUGAUAUAUGCUGACGACUAUUAUGACAAAGACAUAGAAAGAGUGCUUGCUCUUGGACCCCAGCCGAAGUUUCUUGAAGUGGAGUUGGAUGAUAAAAGAAUUGAAACGGCAAAGAAAAACUUUGGUUGGAAUGACAAAGACAUUGAAGAUUGGUUUUUUCAAAGAUUGUGUACCUACCAACACUGGAACCACAUUCUUACUUACAAGAAUCACUAUGCAGGGAUGAAGUAGAGUACAUUUGUCAGGAAUGUAUCGUAUUUAUCUCUUGUGAAUAUACACUUAAAAAAGUAGCAAUAAUAUAAAAUGUUAUUAAUUUAGUACAUUAGAAAAUUUGACAUAUACUGCAUAUACACUUGUUAGCUUUUGGUUUUUUAAUGAAAAUAAAAUAUUUAAUACACAGAUGGAUCAGUUAAACCAGACAAAUGUGUUAAAAUAAUUGCAUAAUAUAAAUUUAAAUUAUUUAAUAAACAGAUGAAACACUAA